AUGGCGGUGCAGCACUGCUUCAAAUACUCACAACGAACUAUAGACCUCGGGGUUUUCCGUUCUGUUCAAAGGGAUUCAACAAUCUACUUGUUACAAGCAGUCCAGGAGUUUUCAACCUCUUCCAUAAAAUGGACCAACCAAGCUGAGGCAUUUGGAAUUGCAAUAUUUUGUAAAUGUUGGCCAAUGACAACAGCUUCGUUUACGAAAUUUGUACGCACGAUGGAAGGACAGUAUCAGGUCUCCUUGGGUCAUACAUUAGCAAAGGAAUCUUCCGAAGACAACGUUUCGAGAAUGCUUCCACUGAAGGAUCCAAUUAUCAUAUUAAACAGGGAGAAGAAGAAAACUAACCAUUACAAUCCAAAUAUGAAGAAUAAGACCCUGUCGUUAAUAUGUAACUACGUUCGAUGCCAUCCUAUAGGAACCCACUGUUCAUCCACAAUUCGACCGUUAGGACACUGUUGCGACGUUUGCGGAGGUGUGAUGAGUUUUUCUUCGAAUACGUUCACUGCUGAGGAUAUUGCGGACUUAAUCCAGGAAAUUAUUAAAGAGGACAAUCUUCUCGAUCUUGUGCAGUAUUCCAUCGAUCGCAUCGAUGAUAAUGACAUAAUCCCUCGAUAUCAGGUGACUGUGCUUCCUGUAAAAAAGUACGAUGAUAUUGUGUUUCGAGUGUUAAUCAUGGAACUUCACAACAAGCUAAGCGGUCGUAAACGCACGAUGAUGGACUACUUUAGUGUCGAGUAUGAAUGGAGUGCUCUUGAUCAUUCGUACGCUCAAACAUCGAAGAUAGCUGGACUCGUCACAUUCUGCAUUCUGGUUUUGGCAGUAGCAGCGGUAUUUUGGAGAAACAAUAUGGAAACGGAUGGUUUCACACUUCGUGGAUUCCUUUUCGCUAAUGCAUCAUCCCCGUUUCGAGUUGUGUGGCAUCAAGGCAAGGAAGACGACGAAGACGUUGUGCAACUAGUAAACUCUGGCGAAGACAUUACGCCUGAAGAGGAGGACGCAUACAUCCCUUCACUCGAAGUUCUCACUCCGGUUCCAAUGGUGUUUCAGCAUCAGGCGGUUCCUCUACCAAAUAAAAACGUGUCUGAAGGUCUUUCUGUGAUAGAGCUGGAAAUGAUUGAAUAG